CCCCCAUCUUCUGCACCUUUUCUACGUGAAUGCCCGAGUGGGACCGAUUUGUGUGAAGGAUGAACUGCUGGUAACCAUGGCAACCUGGAAGAAGUAAGGAAAAAGAACGAGGAGAAGGAAGCAGUGAGUUCCAGCCUCGCAUCGACCUCGGGGAGCCAUGAGGGUCAUUCUUGUUUUUGCUCUUUUGUCCCUGCUGCGAGUUGAUGCCAAAACACAAACAUGCCCGGAACGACAGCAUGAGCGUCUCAGCUGCUACAACGACUACAGUCACAACAUCACGUGCACGUGGAACAGCACAAAUCUUCCGCAUGUGGACAAUUCAGUGUGCUGCAUACACGCAGAAAAGAUCAAAGAUCGGAGGCGUACCUUUUACUCAUCUUCCUGUUUGCUGGCGCCAGCUGACAUCUCCACACCUGCACUAAAGACGUGUUCUCUCAUCUUCAAGCAAGACGGCAUUUUUCAGACCUACCACGUGUUGAGAAUUUCUGUGAACUGUUCCUCUGUGGAGAUAUCCUACAGGCCGUAUUGCCACGUGAAGCUUUAUCCUCCAGGAGAGCCAAUGAUCAACCUCACAACAGUUUCCUGGGUCCCCCAAGCAGCCGAGCACGGAGGAAUCUCACGUUACACCUUCCAGCUGGAGUGGAAGCGAAAGGAUCAGUCGUGGAAUGGGGUGUCAGUGCGCAGAGUGGGAGAAAUAACAUGCGAGUGGUUCUGCCACACGCAGCUGAGCGAGGACUCAUUGAAGCACGGUGUAACAUAUGAGGCGCGCCUACGAGUGCGCCCGUCUGACUUCCAGUCGUCGUGGAGUGACUGGAGUCCCACGGCAUCAUGGACUUCAUCCAUUGGAGAGGCCAGCCCACCACCCUCGGGUUCCUUUGCGCUGGUUGUAGGAAUUACAGUCGUAGGUACGACAUUUGCCCUGUUUCUGGCUGUUCUCGUCUUCAGGACUGACAAGAUGACCUGGGUUAACACUGUCAAGAAGAUAACAGGUCCACCACUACCAGACCCAGGAAAGUCCUUCCUGCAGAAUAACUGGGUGACUCCUCAUUUCAGCAGCGAUUCCUUGAAGACCUUCCUGAGGCCUGAGGAAAUUCUCCCUGUGCAGUCCGUCGACCACAUGGAUGGUUUUGCACCUUGUAAUCCAGAGCUGGCACUGCUGGAGAAGAACAGGAGCAAGUAUGAGUCAAGCGGCUUGAGCUUCUUCAACCCCAGGUAUUCUCACCUGUGGUUUUCUUCUUCUGCCCGCUCCCUCACUGUGGGCAACCUGGAACCCUGUGCGGCCGAUUCCCCUUACGGGCCCACGGUGGCUCCUGUGCUUGAUAAACGCCUCAUUAAUGAUCGGGAUGACAACAUGGAGAAUAUCCUGGAACUUCUAAUGAAGCUCUCCCAAGAUGACAGCUGUGAGGUGAUUCCAGUUAUUUCUGACUACGCAAAAAUUGAGACGCUCCAGGUUGAUCGUGUCCAGACGGCCGAUACCAGAGCGCAGAGCUGGGAAGAGGUCGAUGGCAAGAAUCCGGAAGACGACGCUGGUGGCAGUGAAGAAGAGUCAGGAGGCAAAGUGGCAGAGGGUGAGAGAGUUCUUCAGGAGUGUUUUGGUCCAACAGAGACCCAAGGAUCCAUUCAGGUUUGUCUGGACUAUGAACAUGUCCACAUGCUACACGACGACAGCCCUGAGCUUCCCAGCCAGGAUUCCGGCAUCAGCGGUAUGGGCGAGGAGCAUGGAGGUCAAGAGGAGACUUUCGAGGACAGAUUAAUGACUUCUCCUUUCCUCCAUUUAUCAUCUCCUUUAAGCAUCUAUGGAGCAGGUUUAAGUCUGCAAGCGCUCAUCCUAGAGUCUCACACGUCAUCAGUAGAGCCCUCUAGUGGUGCUUACAUGUCGGUCUGCAGGAAGACACCUGAAAAAGACUGAGGACAUUUUAAAAAUAUGACUGCAUGAUACAUUCAUUUCAAUUAUGGCUAUCAUUCAUGGCAUCCAUUGUAUCGCCAUUGCCAUCAAUUGGCAGUAGCUAAUUUAUUUCAUUAAUUACGUUAGAAUUAUUAGCGUAAUCAGCACAGGAGACAGAAGCAUAGUGUUGUGUCUCCACACAGUGGAAUAACCUCUUCAACACAUCAAUGACAGUGCAAUUCCAACAUACGGUAUGUAUCUCCAACUCACAAACACUUCCUAGUCCUACUCGGAACCACACUUCCUCAUUGUCACCUGACUACCACGAGAUGCAUUCACUGACACUCCACAAAAACACUGGUUGUGGGUGUGGUCUAAAUAAACAAUACGAAGAUAAACAAUAAGUGGAUACUCUUAUCACUCACUAACCUCACUAACAUAACUGACUGAAAAAGUACAAUUUGAUGUAUUUAAGUACGGUAUACUCAGACAACACUUCUACACUCAAAGCAUGUGAAUUCAACUCAACUCACUGGGUGUCUUUGAAGGCAACUGUUAAUGGCUUGUAUAAUGGCUUGUAAUGUUCUCGAAAAAAAAGUUAGGGUAGUGUUUUAAGUCAUGAAAAUAGGGCAAGAUACUGCAACUACUACAUGUUAUCAUCAGUGUAAUAGGUGUAUCCCAAUGACGGCAUUGUAAGAUAGCACAUAUUAACUUGUUUUCUUGUGUUAUAAUGCAAA